AUGGGAAUGAGCUCAAUGGGACAGAAAUCGUCUGGCCUCAUCAUCAAGUACGUUGGAAAGAAACUUUCUCCCACUCCCCCACAUAAAAUUAAUGCCAGCGACGUGGUUACACUGCAUUGGCUCUCUUUCCAAGAUGGCGGCCAAAAAGUGUCUGAGCAACGCAGGGGUAGGAAAUGUAUUGAUUUCUUUCUUUGUUGAAGGCUGGAUCCUGACAUAUAAGAUUGAAUGAAUACAUUGUUUACCGCUUGUAUUUUAUAUGAUUAUGUUUAGUAAUAUUAGUUAAAUGAUCUGUUUUUUAAAACUCUUCAACAAAUGUCAGUUAUUCAUGAUCAGUUCGUAAUGAAAGAAGAGCGGCUAGCGUAAGCUUUAUUGCCAGUCAGAUUUUCGGUGAUUUGUGCUCAUUUUUUUCAACCUGAACCUUGCAGCCUAAGUUUUCCAACACUCAUCUUAAAUGAAGCUGUGUUUCUUUAAGUGGUAUUUUAUUUGUUUGAAAUUGAUUGAAAAAUGUGCUGCUUUAAAUUAAGAUUCACGUAAUACGUACUAGCGUACAUGUACAUUGAUGUAACCUUUGAUUUUUUUCAUAUUAUGUAGCACAUUCCGCCCAAAUUUAAUUUUUUUAUGGGAACUUUUCGGACAUAAUCAACGUACGUACUGCGGUGAGGAGAAUUUAUAAUCGCCAACGAAAUUGUUCAACAAAUUAGCGGAAGUUUCCGACUGCAUGCUCUUUCUACGUCAGAUGAUUUAAAACUCCUUCACUCUUUCUGCAGGUAAUGUGUACUACGGUGGCCACUUUGUUUACCCUUCUUUCGUUAGUCCACCAAUCCUUUUGCAAAUCAAGUAGCUCUAAAUCAAUUAUAGCCUCUCUAGAUGCAAGAUGGGGAUCGACGCCUCUUCUGCUUGAAGCAAGGUUGGUUGAGAACAGGGUUAAUUUCAAAAUCAAUCAGAAUAAAAGCAAAUAAAAAACAGCAUAACUCCCAGGAUAUUCCUAAGACUGGAGAUAUGAGAGCUCUUCUACAGCUACAUAGAAUGCUCUGGCUAAAUAUCACCAGCCUGGGCUAAUUUAUACUAAGACAUUUAGCUGCUAUGAAGCCUAUUUACUCAGAACUUUACACUAUUCUUUCGCUUCAUGUCAUUUUAGAAUUGUAUUGGUGUUGAAUUUUAUUAUCUAAAGUAGUGUUACACACAUUUAUUUGAAAGUUGUUUAAAGGGUUCAGAUGUACCCAGUCUUAUAAUAGUGUUUAGGGGGUAAGUUUCUAAAGAAACUGUGUUGCUGUGGUAGAGUAGAACAGGGUAAUUUAGGGUGAUAAUGUAAAUUAGCCACAAUAAAGGGUUACAAAGCUGACUUUCAAGCAUUAACCCUUCAUCAGAGUGAGAAGGAAGGGCUUUGCUCUGAUCAAGGGCUAAUGCUCAAAAUGUCAGCUUUGAAACCCUUUACAGUGGCCAAAUUACAUUUAUUAUCAACUCAGUGGAUAAUAUUAAAUUACCCUUUUAUAAUAGUAUUGCUACUUUCUUAGUUAGUUUUCACUUUUUUUUUGUGUUUUAGCUGAGUGAAUAUAAUACAUGAAUAUAAUGAUUAGAAAUUUUGAAUAACCAGACCAUGAUAUAAAGAAGGUGGCACAAGGGGAUCAAAAGACUCCUAUGCAGACAACUGCACAUUUCUGAAUAUUCAAGAAAUUUUGGAAAAUUGUCCUUCACUCUUUGGAUAAGAGUGAUAGGUACUGUGACACAGCUCACCCUGGGAAUAAGAUGUUUUUGUUUUAAUUUCAGUGAAUAUUUAGCAGCAGAGAGUAAUGAAAAAUUUUGGAAGUUUGUGGAUUCAUGUCAAGAUAAAUCAUUCAGUCAUGAUUUAGGUAAUGAAUGAUUAUUUUCUUUUGGUGUAAUUAUUGUGUGAAGUAUACCAAGGAGCUACAAUCAAUGUCAUGAUAACAAAAGAAUAAGAUUCCUAAUUUUUCAGUUCAACAGUUGAUGUUAUUUUAUUGACUUAAUCAUGCAUUAACCUUUUAACUCCCAUGAGUGACCAAGACAGAAUUUCUCCUUACAAUAUCAAUACAAUAUCAACCAGAGAAGUAAUGAGAAUAAAGAAAAUUAACCAUUUGGGGAUAAUUAGUUGAUCCAAUACUAAAUUAUCUGAACUAACAUUAUAAGAAUUGUAUGGUUGACAGUAAGGAGAAUUAUAAAUUUGAUCUGAGAGUUAAAGGUUUAAAAGGCCUGGCUCUAGUUUUUCAAAGGUUGGAUAACUCUAUCUAAUGGAUAAAUUGCUCUUCAUGGGAUAAGUGCGAACAAAAUAUACUAUAUGCUAUCCACCAGAUAGAGAUUUGUUCAGUGGAUAGCAUUUCCCAUCCUUUGAACAACUGGCACCUGGUUGUUACUUAACCCUUUUUGCUGUAACAUCAACACACAGUUUCUCUAUACUGUUCUCUAUACAUUUCCUAUAGUACUGACAAGGAGAAUUUUAAUAAUCAAGAACUUUAUAGGUUGGGGAUCAUUUCCUUUAUUCUCACAACCCAAUGUUUGAUUCAGUGAUGAUAUACUGUAAGGAGAAAUUAGAUGUGAGUCACUGAAGGGGUGUAAACAGUGAAAAGAUGGUUUUGAGCUGUUAUCCACAGUGUUGAAUAAGUUUUUAACGUUGUGUUUUACUCUAUUUUGAUUUCAGAUGAAUAUAAACAUGUUUUAAAAACUGCAGGCCAGUUGCUAGCUCCGAUAGGUUUAAAUUUCUUGCAAUUCUCAUUGUCACUGAGGUAUUAUUCUCCCCGGGUGGAACUGUUCAAUAAGGUGAGAUUUCAAAAGGUCUGCUGAAUAGUUAGUUAUUAUCUUUGCUUUUCAGUAUUUAGGUGUUUUGAAACUUAGUUUGAAAUCAAAAACUCAUAAUUGCAAAGCUGUUAGUACCAUGGGUCAUUAUGACUCUGCAGUGUGCAUAUCUACACUCAGGCAUUUGCACCCAACAGUUAUAUGAUUUUAUUUGGUAUAUUUUUCAUUCUUUCAUCAGGUUGCCCAUGAUCUCCUAGCACCAGACUGUGAGGCUUUUGUUCAGCUUGGCAGUAGCACAAUAUGUGACAUUACAGAAGCUGUUUCUCUCAUCAAACAAGCAGAAAACAUGUAUGUUUCUAACUCUAAUGCCCAAGUUUCAGAUGCACAAGAAAAACAAAAUGGCUUUGCAGUGAAAGAACAUUGCUCUUUUAAUUAAAUUUUAUAUAUAUUGUAUUCUGUUAUUGGUAAUUUUUAAAUAUUUUUAGUCAAACAUUUUGUUGUUGUCUUUUCUUCUUAAUGAAUAUAGACCCUUGGUGCAGAGUUUUGAAUUUGAUCACCACUAUCCUAAAUCUGAAAACAACUCCAUAGCUGUUGUGUUAUAUGGAAAGAUAGGAUCAGGAUCCUUUUGGAGAUUUCAUCAGGAACUUGUAAAUUUAGCAGAAAAUGGUCUGGUGCACUAUGUGCUUCGACAUUAUAUUGAGGUAGGAAAAGUCUGUGAUAUGAUGAGCAAUUUGUUUGGUAAUAGGGGUUUGAAUAACUUUUUACAUAUUAAUUGUCUGCGAUGGAGACAUAGGCUGAAACAUGAGAUUCUGCUCGCUGGCUGAACAAAUGGCAGUGAGAGGUCUUAUAAGCAGUUGUAGACUGUUUUCCAAAUUGAUAUGAUACUGAGGUUUUUCUUUGAUAUUGGUAUCGAUACUGUGAGGUCAUUGAGGUAACUGGUGAGUCACAUGAUUUGAUUGACAAAAUAUAGGGUUAUCUUGCUCUGUUAAGUUUACAGUGUUCACUUCUUUACAAUUGCAUUAACAAAACAGUCAAGAAUUUAAAACCAGAUUAAGGAUGUACUAAAGUAGAAACUCUCAGUUGUUGAUGAGUUCACUCUUGCAAAUGCUCACAUGCCACUUAAAAUGGCACACUGCAGUGCUCAUUGCCCAAACUCGAGCUUAGAGUCUUUUCAGCUCUUUAUUGGCAGUUAGAGGCAGGUGUGAGCCAGACUGUGCUGGCCGGUCAUGUGCAGGAUCAAAACCAUUGAUACUUUACACCAGUAUCGGUGUUUUCUGAUCAGACGUUGGUAUUGAUCGUAUUUAGUAUUUGGUAUCAGUGUCAGCCCAUCCUCAGACACAGGCUUUUAAUGGAACCUCUGUGCUAGCCCUUUCCUUUUCUAAAGUGACCAAAAAAGGAAUUUCUCCUCACAAUAUCAAAUCUACAUUUACUCAGAAAUUGCCCUAAAUGUAAUUUUGUAACUGGUCAUAUCACUUAGUCAUCAUCAGAGAGAAAAAUGAGAUUAUCAGGAUAUGGUGUGGAACUGGCUGUCAAGAAAACAGAGUACAAAGCCAUGGAUGACAGUAAAGUGAAAGAUGAUGCAGAAGGAGAGGUACAGAAACAAGAGGAAGAAGAUGAAGAUGAAGUUGAAGGAUUCCUCUUUGGAAAGUUAAGGUUUGUGCAACUAUGUGCAAUGACUUAAGUUUGCCAUUGAUAGUGGGUGUUGCCUAAUAGCUAACCACUGAACUCUGAAUGGAUAAAUCAAGAAAUGGUCAGAGACACUUUGUUGUGUCCUUUCUGUGUCCUGUGUCCUAUCUGUACCUCACUCUAUCCAGGAGUGUAAAUGGGAGCUAGAGAACUGUCUAGGAACCUUACAAAAUGCGAAGGGUUUGUCUGUGAUGAGGAGAUGCUGUGGCAUAGUGGUUAGUGUCCUGCUAACUCAGGAACCCUGAAAUGUGGAUUUGAGACCUGGUUGGUCAUUGUGUUGUGUUCUUGGGCUGGACAAAGUACUCUCUCUGUCCAUGGGUACAAACAUGGAGAAGUAAAUUGUUAGGGAAACCUGAGGAAAUGAUGACAGGCAUCUUAUUUAGGGGGAGUAACUGUACCUUUAGCCACUUCAUUCUAUGAGACAGGAAAAAAAAACUUUGGCUUUGGUGAUGAUUGGAGUGUGUGCAGACUUCACAUAUCUUUAACAGAGUUUGCUUUUAUGUCUUGAUGGUCUAAAACACCUCUGACCUCAGUUAGAAUCUUUUUUAUCAGAUUAUUCAUAGAGUAAAUUAAAAAAUAUAAUUUUGUUAUCACACUCUACAAACUAAUAUUUACUCAUAGGAAACUCUAUCCAGACCUAAAAGAAAAUCUUGAUCAGUUCAGGGCACACUUAAAGGAAAGUGCACAUGAGAUGGCUCCUUUGAAAGUCUGGCAAUUGCAAGGUAUGAGGAGUUUUAUUAAAAUCAGGCCCCAAAUAUAAAGGCAGUGUAUCAUAUCACCGAUGUUGUAAUCAUUAGACAGUAAUUGGUACCAAAGACUGAAAAGUCACUUAGUAAAGACUAAAUCACGGUGUAAUAAUAAACCAGUAAUAACCUUCCCACAGUAUCAGGAAAUCUGCAAAAAGGACAGAAGAUGCUAGUUCUCAAUUUAGGACACUACAGCCUGAUUUUAGACAUUGCCUUCCGAUUUUAGACACUGCUGUUUGAUUUGAGACACUGCUGUCUAAUUUUUGACACUGCUGUCCGAUUUUAGACACUGCUGUUCAAUUUUAGAUACUUAUAUCUGAUUUGAGACACCAGAGUCCAAUUUUAGACAACAGAGUCCAAUUUUAGACACUAGUGUCCAAUUCUAGACACUAGUGUCCAAUUUUAGACACCAGUGUCCCAUUUUAGACAUAAGUAUCCAAAUGUAGACAUUAGUGUGUAUGAUCUUAGACAGCAGUGUCCAAUUUUAUACAGUGGUGUCCUACAUUAGACAUCAGGAUCGAAUGAUUUUAGACUCUUUAGACUGUGUCCAAUAUUAGACACUACUGCCCUGAAUAGCUCAAAGUGAAAUUAUGAAAAAAAUAUUUCUAGUAGUUGCCUUCAUAAUAACUUCAUGUCAAAAAAUGAAGGGUUGCUUGGAGCUCCCUGUGUUUCUAACAGGAAUAUAAGACAAUUUGGUAGGAGAAUCCACAGAAAUCACUUACUUUUCCAUGAAUCCCAUUCAACUUUGACAGAUAAUUCUGCUUAAACCUGGUAGGGUGAGAUUUUUUUUUAUUUUUACCAUCAGAUCUGAGUUUCCAGGCAGCACAACGGGUCAUGUCCUCUGAACCACAAAGAGCUUUGAAAGUGCUGAGAGACAUCAGUCAAAAUCUUCCCAUGCAAACCAGGUUUGUAGGAGACAUCUUCUUUCAUUUCUGCAGUUUUCGUUUUCUUUUCGUUGAUUAUUUACUUGUUAUUUUCAAUCCUAGAUCGUUAGUGAAGACAAAGGUUAAAGAAGAAAUGAGGAAAGAGAUCAAACUUAAUCAAAAGGUUAGUAGUUUAAAAAAAUUCUUUUCGUCCUUGUGGCAAUAUACUUUUAUAUUUACGUGUUCUUGUUUACACCUAGGUUUUCCUGAACGAUUCUGUAAGGCCGACCAAAUUAAGUAAAAAUUCGCUACAGAAAUCAUCUUCCACUGUGUUCUACGUGUGUAUUGCUUCCAAUCUUAAAACAAUUCAUUUUCUCUCAAUGGUGACCUGCACAAAUUCUAAUCAAAGAGAUAUUCCAAAAUUGGUGUUGGUGUCCCAUGCUGCAACCUUUCUUCACGUCAUGUGUAGAUAAUCUGUAACUUUUUGCAGGUUUAGUAGCCCUGGUUAGGUAAUGGGGAUUUGAAAAAAAAAAAUCCGAACAUCUUGGUCAGGUGUAAUAUUUUGCUUAACGCAAAAAGUGGAACACAAUUCUCUUGCUUUCUUAUAUGUGAAUUAGAGUCAUGUUCUGUUUCCUCAUAUAGCCCCUGGUUUUCAAGUUUAUUGCACUGGCCGAAGAAGAUCAAGCAGAUACAAAAUAAUUAGGAACUAUAGCAUUCGGAUGCAAAAUUUUUUGCAAAGUUGUCAUGUAGUUACCCCCUCAGACCACUAACCAUCAGUCCAGUGUCUAUGCAUCUAAAUGUUUUUUUGCUCCAUUUUGCUCUAGCAUUUUUCACAAUUUGGACUGGAUCCUGGAGACAGUGCUUUGUUGAUAAAUGGCCUUCUGGUCCAAGUGGACGAUCUUGAUCCUUUUCAGUGAGUAUUUGAUCAUUUAUGGGUCACAGGGAAACCAGAGAUUAUUAUUUCACUUUCAACUGGUAGCAUUAAAGUGCUGGUCGCUGAAAGUGAAUUAAUUAUUUCUUUCGCAUCGACGUCCAGGUCCCAGUUGUUCGAAGGGUGAAUAACGCUAUCUACUGGCUAAAUCUCUAUUCGGUGGAUAGCGCAGUGCGUUUUGUUAACACUCAUCCUCUGGAUGACGAUUCAUCCGUUGGAUAGUAUUACCCGCCCUUUUAGGCGGUCACAAGUUUGAACCCUGCUGCCGUAUGAAUGCUGGCAGAGCAGUUUUAGGAGCUGUUGUCCGUAUAAUUUAUAAAAUUUGAUCAAGAUUUGUAUCUUGUAGUUUGUUAGAUUUGUUACGCGGUGAAGCACUAGCGAUUGACAGACUCUCUUCCCUGGGCAUCAAGGUAGGGUCGAUGAAGACACUCUUGUGUCAUCUAAAAUACAUUUUAUUUUCAAGAUAUAAAAAGUAUGUAAUCCAAACUGAGUCUCUGGCACAACCUUUUGACAUGCUCCUGUGUCAUCUAAAAUACAUUUUCAAGUUAUAAAAAGUAUGUAAUCCAAAUUGAGUCUCCGGCACAACCUUUUGACAUGAAGAUCUGGGGUUCGAUUGCUCGUGAUGGUCUCAGGUUUUUUUCUUUGUCCUAUUCUCCUGACAAGACAAUUGACAUCUUUUCUUCGUAACGAUGUUUUUUCUUCAGGGUGAACCUCUCGGUAAACUUGUGUCUCUUGCCUCUCAACCAGAGCAUGAAUCAUUUGUUUUGGAUGCAAGACACGACUCCAUUGUGGUAAGUCUAUGUGAGUUAUCGAUAUUGCUUUGUCGCGAUGCAAAAUGUAAUUUUUAAAUCUGACUUCCUUGUAAAUAGUCUGGUGACUGUAUUUGCUUAUUUUAUCAUCGCUAGUUUAUAAACGACCUUGAAAAAGAUCGGCAGUAUUGGGGUUGGCCUUCUGAACUACAGGAGGUAAGUACUGAAGGUCUGGUUCUGUGUUCCUCUUGCCUGUUGUUGUUGUUGUUGUUGUUGUUGUUGUUUUCAACCUGUUUGUCUUUCAAAAACCUGCUAUUUAGGUUUUAUUUUCUCCUGUUUUUGUUGACAGAUACUACGACCAACCUUCCCUGGGAUGAUGCGCUAUAUUGCCAAGAACAUAUUCAAUUUGGUAACGUUGUCUGCUGUGCUAUAUUUCGAUAAGAAAGCUGAUAGUUAGUAAAACUGUAAUGGAGUGUAAAUCCCCAGUGUUUUAUCAGGCUAAGAAUCAAGGAUAGAAAUUCCUGUAAGAUUAAAUCAGUAUAGCACGUUAAACUACCAAGUCAGGGUAUAUAAAAAUAGAAACUUUACAAGAUUGUAGCUGUAUAUACAACAAAGUACUUAAAUGGAAAAUGAGCAAUCGCCAUACAUGAAAGACUGAAGAACUAGUUUUAAAUCUUAGUCAGAUGAUUUUACAUGGAUGUUGACGGCACUCACAAUGUUUAAGCAUGUUACAUGUAUGUUCAUUGAAAUUACUAAGCAUUUCCGUGGAAACGCUUCGUAAUUUGGACUUCUUGUUUUCUUUCAAGGUUCUGUUUGUCAACCCUUUAGAUGCCCAGAGUAUCGAACUGAUCAAGGUUGUCAAUGAAUUGCUUCAAAAUUCGUUUCCAGUCAGGUACUUUGCGCAGUUUUAUAUACACCCGUAAUAAGGUUACUGUGCUAUGAGUUAAAUAGCUUACGAUAUCGUCAUAUUAACGGCGCUUUUUACAGCUAAUCUUGUUAUACUUCGCUCCGCAUUUGUAGUCUUCGAAGGUCUGUUGGGUUUGUCAUCUGCGUGAAAGCUGCGUUUAGUCACAACACAGUCGCCAAGUUAUACCCACUUUUUCUGCAAUACGAGUCUUCAACCAGCCCCAUAAGAACAAAAUGUAACAAUUUUAGUCAUAUUUUUGCUCUCGGAAUUUUACAUAAUGUCUUUUGCUUUUAUCAAAAGCUUUUUCCAUCGCUUCCUACAUUCUUUCUGUUGAGCUCAGUUUACUUCGUGGGUGAAUAACGAAAUAGCGUAGAGACUUUCCAUGACGUGUUUUCUUACAACACUGAUCCGAACGCGAGUUUACUAAGCAACAAUGCGAAAAAAAAAAAUGGCAAGCGACCAGGCAACAAAACUGAUAGAAAGGGAAGUAAAGCCAAACGAGAAAAGCAAUGACAAUAAAUAAACCGAACAGAAAUAACUGAAGUUUUGCAUUCAUGAUAUUCUCAGAAUUGGUUUGUCACUGGUUGCCGAUGUUCCCCUGGAUGCCGAAGUCGACGCUAAGACUAAUGCAGCUGUAGGAAUUGCCAGAGCAUUUAGCUUCAUCUCAUCCGAGAAGGACUCGCGAGAGGCAUUUGAUUGGCUUCUUAAGGUCAGUGGAACAGUUGUUGAUUUUUGUGGAAAUGGUUUUGAAUUGUUUGACUUUAGACAUGUUAUUCUCAAUACUGAAAGCAGCGUGACUGUCGUCGCAUUAAUUUUUCAAUAUUAUUCAACUGAUUUGUUUUGUUUCGAUUGAUAGUUUAUCUUGAGUAUUUUAUGGUUAGCUUAUGCUUGUUAUAUUUUUCAUGAGAUUUAAAAUCAUGGUUUUUGUGUUUAGUUGUAUGAUAAUUUGGCGGAAGGCGAUGUGCCGACUGCGGACAAGGUUUUAACUUCAUUUACAUCAUUAUUUGGCAAAGAUGAUGCUGAAGAAGUGUUCGGAGAAGGCUCUGAGUACGACGAAAAUCGAAAGGUAAAACUUCUGGCGAUUUUAGAGUAUGUGAUAUGAACUCUGUCGUUAUGGAGGUCAUGAGGGUUUCUUUUCUAAUGAAAGUCGUGUUGCUUUUUAGUCCUCUCAACGUUUCUUUGACAAGACAGGAUUCCAUCAGUUGCCUCAAGUUAUCCUUAAUGGUGUGCCCAUCGACAGCGAAGAGGUUGGUGAUCCUUCAGUACAAUCUUGUUAAUUGCUUAUUUUCGGCUAUAAAACGAUAAAAAGAGUAGCCCUUGUUUUGGUGAUUUGAUUCAUCUUUGCUCCUGAAGUUACUAGAAAUUUAUGGAAAUGUUAGUGACAUGGAUAGGUAUAUUUCUUACGUUAGACUUGCUUCACAGCGAAAUAUGUACUAAAAAAGACGUUUCUUUCAGUUUGAAAAUCUAGAUGAAGCAGUUGUGCGGGAGGUGAUGGUUCAAACAGGCCCCAUACAACAUGCAGUGUUUUCGGUAAGACAAAAUUACUGUUAGCAAUUUGGAAAAAGUGCUAGGCAAGAUUAUUUAUCUAAGACACUGUGAACUAACUGGUAAGGACAAAGGAGUGCGUUUGUUUUUUUUUUUGGCAUUUUACGACUUCAUCCCGAAGUGUAACUGUGAUUAUAUGAAUAAAGGAGGUAAGUUUCUAAAGAAACUGCGAUGCUGCGUCUUGGGGGGGGGGGGGGGUGGGGGGGGUAGUACAAGAUAAUUUAGUAUUAUCAACUGAUAAUGUACAUUGACCACCGUAAAGAGUUUAUAGAACUGACGUGUCGAGCGUUAGCUCUUGAUCAGACUGCGAACAUCACAUCCUCAAUUCUAAUUCAACUUUGUUGGUGUUCUCUUUGAAUAGAUGUUAACUGUUAGAGCUUGUACGGUUUGUAGCAGCGAAAGAGUCAGUAAAAGAUCCUCACUCAAUUGUUUCUUUGUUGGUUUUGUAGGGUUCUGUUUAUCGCUACUCCAGUGUGUAUGAAUAUGUCAUGAGUCAACCAAACGUAGUAUCUCGAGUUAAUAGCAUGGUUCAGUCUAUGGAGAGACCUUAUGUUGACUUGACUGGUGGUCAGUCAAGUACAGGUAAGCAAAAAAAAAAACAAUAACAACAACAACAGCAACAACAACAUAACACAACAACAAAAAACGGGAAAAAGGAGUGAAUACAGACUUCUCAAAAAAUAAACCCAAAAGAAACAUGAUCUGUGUCGUUGUUUGACUUGCGCUGUCUCAAAAGUCAUAUCAUCCACCCCGAGUCUCAUAGACUGAAAAGAGAAAAGUGAGAAGGAAGGCUUAUCAUUAGCCUCCUUUAAAAUUAAACUCGCGGUUAAACAGGCCUGUUUGCAAAAAUCCCCCCCUCCCCAUGUGUUUUUUAACAUCUCCGCAGUUCUCUUUACUGAACAGAAAUUUAUGAAUCAUUAGUAAAAAUGUAAAUGUUAAUUAUUUUAUUAUAAGACCUGCUUAUUUUCUGUUUUACAGAUGAGGAUAUUAAUAAUCCUGAAGUGUUUGCUAAGCUUGAUAGUUCGCAGAUGGCUUCCGUUAUUGCCAAGGAAUUGAAGUACUUCACCAAACAAGGAGGUAAUAUUGUAUUUAAUGGUAUCUAUGUUUAAGAGAAUGAGAAUCUGGAACAAGGGGAAGUCAGUGGUGAUAGUGAUUAUGAUGAAGUUAAGGUUGGAGAACGGGACUAGGAUAAAAACAGAAGGUGAGGACGAAGGUAAGAACAGAAACGGGCAAGAUGAGGAGAAUGAAGGAGGGUGACGAUCAAAGUGAGAUUCUAUUAGACGGAAGAAGAUAGGAGGCCAUAGCAGUGAAGAAAUGGAUGGAAGAAGGAUACGGACGAGGGUUGAAGAGGUGGACUGAGGAAGGAACGUGAUGGGGAUGGAUGAGGGUGAAAUGGAGAUUAAGUUAAGGGCGGAGAAUAAAAUGACGAUAGGCUGACGAUCAUGGAGAUAACCAUGGGGAGAAGGGUGGGACUGAAGUUGCCAUGAUGACAUUGAUAAUCAUUUCUUGUAAGGAAUGUAACUAACUAUGGUGAGAGGAAAAGCUGUGGAGAUUGAUACCAUUAAGACCUUACUUUACAUUCAAGCGUUCUUUUAUUUUUUCUGGGACAUAAGGUUUUUUUUUUUUUUACACUGAUGAUUGUUUGCAUCUCGAAAUUAGAAAAGGCCGUGAAUUGUAACAGAUUAGCUAACUAUGAAUUCUAAAUUGGUUCAAGUAAAUGUACUUAUUUUGUAGUGACCUCCACUUUGACACGAAGCCUAAGUUACCAGGUAGUUAGGCUGACACUGUUUGGUUGCUGUUUUGUUUUGUUUCAUAGAAGAGCUUAGUUUAAAACCUGUGACUAACUGGGUUGUUGCUGACUUGGCCAGCAAAGAAGGAAGAGUGUUGGUCAGAGCAGCCCUCCAACAAGUGGUAAGUCGCUACUUCAGUGAUUGUUACCACCGUAAUCUCUCAAAGAAGGAUCGGAGUUUUUAGUUUUUAGCCAUGUAACUCUUGUUAAUAUGAUGGAGCUCUGAAGACUGCGCGAUAAUAAUUCACAGUCGGCCUUUUCAAAGAAGAUUUUGUUUGAAAUAAGAAAAUCUGAAACCAUCAUCUUAACUAAACCGUGACUUUGUCCAGGAAGAGCUCAACCAAGCUAAAACAUAAUGUAACUUAGGUUUAUGCAAAGAACAUACCCCAUUGCGUCAUUAGAAAUUACCAAGCUUUCUGUAUAAUAAGAACGACGUUGAAUUGAUUGAUUAUUUUACACCUGAGGCUUCGAGCAAAACUUGCUUUAUUUUCUCAAAGAACUACUUGUACUCCGCGGAAAAUAAAAUUUACUUUGAAAUUUAUGGAAAACUCGCCUUUUUCAGUUCUGAAGAAUUGUUUCCUUUGCAGAAAUCCUCUUCAAGUGUAAGGGUGGGGCUCAUUCACAAUCCAGCUAUAAAACAUACGGAUGAUCGCCCAGAAUCACUUCAGAUCGCCAGAACAGUGGAGGCUGUAAUGUCUUCAAAGAGUCACGUUACGCCAGCAAUGUUAAAAUUCAUGGAGAAUUUGCUGGAUGAGAGCAACGACUUUGAUAAGCUGUCUUCAGAUGCCAAAGCAAUGGCAGACCUUUUGGCGAAAACACCGGUAUGUGUGAUUGGCAGCAUGAAUUUUGUUUGAGUAGUUCGAGUCGCCACAUGGAAAAUUAAAUUGCCUUCAAUCAACGAGGAACCACAGAAUUUUAAACUAAUGAGAUAGAAAAGCAGACAAAUUAACUCUUUUACUCCCAAGAUCUCAUUAGCAAUUCUCCUUACUGUCUGCAAUACAGUUCUCAUGUUGUUAGUUUGGAGAAUUUGGUAUUGGAUCAGCUAACAAUCCCUUGAUUGAUAUUUUUUGUUAUUCUCAUCACCUGUCUGCUUAAUAUUUUAUUUAUGAUGUAGGGAGAAAUUUUGUCUCGAUCAUUCAUGGGAUUUAAAGGGUUAAAAUAUUAAACCAGAAUGAACGAGGCAGAGGAUUCACGAGGCUUGCAAAUCUUUUUUUUGCGAUGCACGAGGUAGCACAGUUUUAACAAAAUGGAUAGGAAGGUAAAGGAGCCAGUCCAAAAAGGAUAUGUUUGAAGAACAAUGGGUUGAUGCCAGAUUUGAAUCACAUGACGAAAUUUGCAGCUAACGCCUGAAAGAGGAAUCGAUCCUGUUUAAAUUGGUUUGAAGAGGUUGGACGAGCUUUUGUGUUUUUUUAACAUUGACGGAGUGAUAAUUGAGGGAAAGUAUUACUCUUCUUUGAAGAAGAAGUUAAAGAGUGGAGGUAUCAUACAUUAUUUUGUGCGGAGCUGAUUGUUUUAUAUCCUGUAGCCUAUAAAACACAGUUUGUUACGAUGUGCGACACAUUUUGUCCUUUUUGUCAGGGAAGUUGUUUUGAUGUAAAUUAGUUGAUUAUAUACAUUUGUCUCUAUCAUCAGGGUUUGAAAUUAGAAGCUAUACAAGCAAAGUUAUCAGACGGGGAAACCUUCAAAGGCAAGCUGUUCUCACACCAGCAUUUCUGCACAGGUGUUGUUAACCUACUUCCCGGUCAACCUGCUGUUAUAACCAACGGAAGAGUAAGUGUGAAGCGGUGUAGUUCUUUGCCUGUUCUUGCCCUAGUCUGCACAGUUCACUUCAGCUGAAAUGUUGUUUCAACAGGUUCUUGGUCCACUUGCUGGAAACACGUUGUUCACAGAGGAUGACUUUAAACUUCUUGAGAACUUUGACAUGGACUUGUAUGCUCGCAAAGUUAGAGACCAGGUACGAUCCUUUAAAACGCUUUAAGAUAAUUUGAUGUGUAAACCAACUAACUACACGCGAAAGCCACAUUUGAAAAAUAAUUGCGUAGCCGUUUGGCAGAGUCAGACUUUAAGUUUGCGGAUCUGUUUAUCAACAGAUUGAUGAAAUGACAUUUGAUGGUUUGUCUGCGGAUGAUGAUACAAGGUAAUUUGCAUUUUUCCUGAAAUGUUUGCGAGCUAGGGUUUAGACGUCAAAAACGUAGUAUUUAAUUUUGUUGACAGGGUCGAUGAACCUUGUAGAGUUUGCUCCGCUCCCAAUAUGAGGCUUGAUAACCCAGUUUAUAGCAGCACACAGCUAGAAUUCUGGAAUUAUACAAUGCAUGACAGUUAUCCAGUUCAGAGGAGCGUUCUUAAUGUGUUUUUGUCUCGUUUUCAGUGAAUUUAGAAGUGACAUCAUCAUGAAGGUAUCCUCUGCGCUGAUCUGCCGAGAUAAGAGAUCUCGUCAGCAAAUUACUAUAAAAGCCAGUGAACACAGGUAGGGAAGUGAAAAGAGGCGUUACCUUGAAACGGAAAUGUUAUUAGAAUUGUUUCUGCUUUGUAAAUAGAAUAAAAAGUUGGUAGGUUUUGAGCUUGGUAAAGAGCUCUUGUCACGAGCGUGAGAUAAAGAAAAAAUUCUGAGUCCUUCGUUUCUGCUUUGUCUUAAGAAGAAGUUGGUGCUAAGUUGUGACACGAUUGUGGCGCUUUGUCGCUUGUUUUGAGUUCUGUUUUCUGCUUUUUAUCCCACCGAACUAUCAUUUUUUUACAAGUUUCAUUAAAAAUAAUGAAGCUUUGCUCAACGCAAAAGAAUUGCAACAUGUUUCUUUUUAAUCCAACGUGUACGACCACAUUAAAGUAAAAAAUUUGAUCUAAUUGAAAAUGUUUACAAAACGUGAUUGCGUACGCUGCUUCAAUGCACCAGUCCCGCUCCAAACGGCCUACCAAACAGUGAAGUGUGUCUCCUUUCUUAGUGUCAUGAAAAUUGAGCCGAAGCAAGACGGAGCCAGUUUUGAUGUGGUGGUAGUUUUGGAUCCUCUGUCUCAAGGUACUGUUGGUUUCGUUACUUUGUGUUUUGAAAAUUAUCGUUACGGUUCCAACUCCACUCAGUUACAAAGCCCACUUGCACAAAAUACUUUUCCAAAAUUUACACUAAAUAAGUGAUACAGAAACGGAGUAAGAAAGGCUGUAGAAAUUAUUUUAGUGGACGGAGUAACUAUCAUUAAAAACCAUUGUGUGGAAUUUGCUACUAAAACUGUUCGCAUGAUCGGUUUUUGUCCUCUUGCAUUUCUCAUCGAUAUCGGUUGAUUUAUUUCCUAUUUCUCUUUUCUUUACAGCUGCUCAGAAAAUUGCACCGAUACUGAUGGUAAGUUUGAGCUUUCUUUUUUCUUUCACUUUCACUAAUGGAUGAAAUUAUUGAGGAACUAAAGCGCGAACAGCUGAGUAUCAACAAAUCAACCGACCAAUUCAGGCCAAUUAUUUAUUUUAAUAAGUAGUUAAAACUGCGUUAUUUAAGGUGGUUUGGAACAAUUUUUUUGCCCUCUGCCCGGCCAUCUUCAGAGCGCGCAAAAACCAACUCACUGCCUUUGCAUUUGAAGGAUGCUCACACUUGUGAUAACCGAAGGAUUGAAGUUUGUAUUAGUUAGCUUGGCAUGGCAAUCGCUAUAAUUGCGCUAAUAUUAUGGGAUAAUCCUGUUAAACAGCCUUUGGGGACGGUCACGGAAAUCCUAGAACUUUUCGUUCGACUUUAGGGUUUUGAGUUUUUUGGGAAAAGGCCUCGCUCGGAGGAAUUUAGAGAAAAAUAUUUUUGAAAGUGUUUGGUAAGCAAUAAAAUAUCUUGGACAGUGUUAGCAAAUUUUCUUUCAUGUUGUUCUUUCCUUCAGGUCCUUCAAAAUGCUACAAACGUCAACAUCAAGCUUGCCAUGAACUCUCGUGAGAAGCUCUCCGAGUUGCCUCUUAAUCGUUUCUACCGAUAUGUAUUAGAGCCCGAAGUCACAUUUAAUGAGGACGGCACCAUCACAGAGGGGCCAGCGGCGGUGUUCUCUGAUAUGCCACAGUCAGUUCUUCUUACCAUGAAUAUGGACACACCUCUGGGGUGGAUGGUAGAGGCAGUGUACUCUCCUUACGAUUUGGACAACAUAAAAUUACAGGAGGUGAGGACUGACCUUUUAAGUUAAAUUUGUACGUAAGAAUUAUUUGGGAGAUACUGGUUAGUUCGCUCUCACUGUAGGGACAUUUAGCAGUCAGAACGGAAACGCCGAAGAAGACGUCAAUUAACAAAUGAAUUUUUCAAUUGAUUUUAGUUAGAAUUUCGCGAAUAGCUGGAUGUGUUUACCGUCUCUUACGGCGCCACACCUCAAUUUCAGGAUAACGUAUGAGAGCAGCAUUGAGCCCCAGCAACUGUUGGGUAAAAUUGACAAAAGGCCGAAAGGUGGCAAGGGAAGGAUUCAUUUUACAAAGGCAAAAGAAACGCUUAUAUCAGUUCCGCACGUCAAUCUCUAUAUCCGACCUGCGCUUCUUUUAGCAUCUAAAAUCUACGAACGCAUAACUACCCAAUCAACCUUACUAUUUCGCUUAAUGUAAAAAGUUUCAAGGAAAAAAAUGACAACAAAUCAAGAAAAGGGUAACAUUAGUAAUUUGGUAAAAAGAAAAUCGUCUGAUGAUCCUACAAAAACUGAUGUUUCCUGUCUUGGCUCAACUAGUUGGCAUAUACUGGUAGAGUGUGUUGAUUGUUUUGUCUUGUCUGAUCUAAUCCUUAAACUGAAACAUGUGUUGUUUCUGUGUAUUCAGGUAGAGAACCAAGUACAAGCAAAGUUUGACUUGGAAUAUAUCUUUAUUGAAGGUAAAAAGGUUAACUUGUUAAUGAAAUACUGGCUAAGCUUCGCGUUUGAAGUCAGUGACAUUCCUAUCACUUGCUCUUGUACAGUAGAAUUAGAGAAACAGUUGAAUAAGCUUGAAGACUAGAGGAUUAAGUUGCACUCUUCAAAGACACUGAUGAUUAAAGAUCAGGCCAUUUGUGAUAGUUUAAAUUUCCUUCAAAUUGCAGUGGCAAUUUUACGGCUACCACUACUUGUCGAGAAUCAGUUCAUAUACCACUCCUAGAGCCUGUUUAUUCCUUUACCCAAAGUCGGAAUUUUCGUCAAAAAUAAACCUGGGAACCUUGGCCUUUUUUCUGCUUUCUCCUUUGUUAAUAUUUCCUUUUUCGUCGAUAGGACACUGCUCCGACUUUCACACUAGACAGCCCCCCAGAGGACUGCAAUUUACCCUCGGUACUCCGAGAGACCCUGCCAUGUUUGACACGAUUGUCAUGGCAAAUUUGGUAAGAACUACAGAACUGUGUUGGCUAAAACUCGGCUUUUCGCCUUUAUUUGCUGGAAAACGAAUCGUUAGCUUACUAAGUUAAUUUAUUGUUGUACCAAAUAUUUGUGCAUUUAACAGGGAUACUUUCAGCUCAAGGCUUAUCCUGGCGCCUGGUCUCUACGGGUUCGAGAGGGAAGAUCAGCUGAAAUUUACGAGAUAGAAAGGUAAAUUGUGCUUUAUGCAUUCAAUUGACAAAACGCGAGGCAGCCAUUUUGAAAUUUAGCGCUCCUGCUAUAAUCACCUCGCGCGAAGUGAUUAAAGCAAGGUAUGACGCAAUCCUCGACCAAUUAAAGCGCAUCUCUGCAAUCAACGGAGCAAUUACAUUUAAUUCAGAUAUGCUUUGAUUGGCCCCUUAAGCUUCUUAAGCCUGGGAAAUAAAUGAAACCCAAUGUAAUAUCCUUCAACCUCUAUUCUGUUCAAUCGCUAAACGUCUGUUAAUUUUCAUACUUGUAGUGUUUCUGGAAGCACAAAGGAAGACGACGGCCAUUUUACUGUCGUCAUUGACAGCUUUAUUGGAAAACUGCUCAAAGUAAAGGUAAGAUAGACUUCAUGGAAAAAUUUUCGUUUGGAAAAAUGUAUUCCGUAAAUGUAAUUAGAGGGUUCCUUCUUGUUAAAUGUCCUACGUGUGUAUCCCUCAGUAUAAUUACAAGUUUAGUUUUAUAUCCUGCGUCUAUCCAACCAGGCCUAUGUAACAAUAAGAUUUCUGUCGCGUGGUAGAUGAUGAGGGCGAAGUCCGAAUCAACUAUGACCCCUAGAAAUCGGGAGAGAAUUAUCUCAUUGUUUAAAUUGGUGUAAAUCCGCCUGACAUUCAAAGCUUAAAAGCAAGAUAAGCUCCUGUUUUUCUUCUGUUUACAAGUGCACAUCAUUAGACCUUUCACUUUACUUACUGUCUUCAAUUAGAUAGAGCCGGAGUAGCAUAUAGAACGCCAGUAGAUUUAUACCAAAAAGGAAUAUGAGCGAAGUGUCAGGGAAAGUUGACAAAAUGUUGAAGGGGGGGGGGGCUGUUGUGGAGCAUUAUCGCCUCAAGAGGAGUAGUCAGAGUAAUUUAAGUAGCUCUAUCCUCUAUAAACUGCGCUAGUUGUGGGUAAUUGACUCUGGUUGUUUACUGACCGUUGUUAAUCGUAUGUUCAGGUCAAGAGAAAACCAGGCAUGGAAGGGAAAGAUCUGCUCAGUGAUUCUGACAGCGCGUCGUCGGGUGGUAUCUGGGACUCUUUAUCAAGGUAAUCUAUUUUGCCUUAUAUCACCUGUUCCCUUUGUGAGAUUUUUGAAAGCGAGUAAGGUAACGCAUUAAUCCAAUUGCAUAGAAAGAUAGUUGUCUGGUUUAAGAAUGCGACUUGAGCAGCUAUAUAAGAGUGUCAUAUUCGUUUGAAUCAUUAACCGUCCUUAAAUCGACUCCUUUAUGGCUAGUUAUGCAAGCCUCGUGAUCCUAACAGUACACUUGGAGUAAUGCUUACUUGCUUGCUUGCGAUGUAAAAGUAUGACCUGCAAAAACGUUUUCUUCCCUCUUUAUUCAACAAAGUGUCGUGAUAUUCAGGCUUAAUAACUAGAUUCCAUAAAAAAUAUCGAUUUUUGUUUCCCUUGGUCGUUAGCGGCAUUUAUGUUAAUAACCAGAAACAGAGCUGUAUUUUCCUUUUUACCCAGCAUGGUUGGCAGUGAAACUAAAGGAGACGCCCCCAAAGAUGAAACCAUCAACGUUUUCUCCGUGGCGUCCGGUCAUCUCUACGAACGUUUUCUGAGGUAAACAAAAGGAAGCUCUAUUGAUAUUGUUUCUUGUUUUCUUGUGUCUGCUUUAUACAUUAUGUCAUAAUUAUGUGAAAGGGAGAGGCGGACGGAAUCCUCGUGAAUGGCCCGACCUAUCUCAGGCCGAGCAUUUGAUCGUAUGACCAAACUCUUUUUCACAAGUAAACGUAAACGUGGUCGUGACCUAUGCGUAAGCGUGAUCGUGAAUGCGAGCGCGGGUGUAAUCAUGAUGGUGAGCGCGAUCGUCAGCGUGAUCAUGAUUAUUGUUAAUUUCUUUCUUCCAGAAUCAUGAUGUUGACUGUUAUGAAGAAUACCAAAAAUCCGGUGAAGUUUUGGUUCUUAAAGAACUUCCUGUCCCCAACUAUGACGGUAAUGAUUAAUGAUUUUACUUCCGAUCCAGUGAAUAUAGCAUGGUCUUUAAAAGUUUGAAACUUGAUUAUUAGUGAAGAGUUAAAAAAGUGAUGUCUUUGGAGUUCAUUUGUUUUUCUUGACUAGAGAAAGCGUACCAUUAAAGCGGUGCUUUAGGUUUUGUAUAUGUACGUUGAUAAAAGUAUAUUGUCUUGUGCGUUUAGCCUUCGUCCAAACUUUAGCCUUAAAACUGGCAGUCACCUUUGUUGUACUUACUUUCUAGGCGUUUCUACCUCACAUGGCCGAAGAAUAUGGCUUUGAGUAUGAACUUGUGCAAUAUCACUGGCCUCACUGGCUUCACGCACAAACGGAGAAGCAGAGGGUCAUCUGGGGGUGAGUACAACUAUCUUUUCCAUCCUGGAAAAAUCCUCUCCUUGUCCUUUUUAUUCUUAUCAAAACAUAUUGUGCAUUUUCUUAGUUACUAGCUGGCUCAAUUACUUCUUUUAAGAUAAGCUCAGAACCUUUGCAUUUGCCAUGAUCUUCCAGUGCUUGGGACAUUUCAUCGCUUCCGAAUCAAUCACACUUUUUAAAUUUCCUAUUUCGUGACUUUUAGAUACAAAAUCCUAUUUCUGGAUGUACUAUUUCCGCUCCACGUGAAGAAAAUUAUCUUCGUAGAUGCAGAUUUAGUAAGUAUUUUUCAACCUUUAAAUGGUGCAUUAGGUGUGUUAUCUCGUUCAGUCCUGACAACUCCUCACUCUACAGUUCCGUUUUUGUUAUGGUUUGUUUGAUUCGUGGGGACGCUGUAUACACUUACUCUUCUUUUUUUUCUUUUAUUUCAAUUGGCGGUGCCAUCAUUUCCUCUUUUUAUGAAGGCUUAGUGAUUUGUUAAUUUAUAAGUGAUGAUUUACUCGCUAUAUUUGUGAUUGUUUAACGUUUUCAGAUAGUAAGAGCUGACUUACAAGAGCUGAAUGAAAUGAACUUACAUGGAGCACCCUAUGCAUACACGCCUUUCUGCAGCAGCCGCAAAGAGAUGGAUGGCUUUAGGUAAAUUACAAUUUAUUACAAUUUUUUUUUCUCGUAUGUUUGCCUCUGCUCUUAUUAAUUGCUAUUGCAAUAAAUUUCGUGAUAUUAGAAUCAUUUUCCCGGAAAGUAUUUAGGCAUAAAACAGAGCUCAAAUGAGCGUUCAUUUAUAUAACUGUAACGUCAUCAAUAAUACAAGGAAAGUGGUUUCGCGGUUUUUUCCCAGAUUCUCCUCCCACUAACGUUUUGGUUUGUUAAACAAACGCUAAGUGAGCGAGCUUGGAAAUGAAACUUUUCCUCAGCCCUACUUUAAAGACAAAACAUGCAUUAACGUCGAUCGGAAGGGAUUUGUGACAGAGACGUUGUGAUCAUUUGACGCCUGCGUUCUCUUAACCAUUUGACCUCUUUGACUAACAUCUAAUUUCUCCAAACAAAUAUCCCCCCUGAAUCACACAUUAAGGCCACAAGAAUAAAGGAAAUGAUCACCAACUACAGAAGCUCUUGAUUGUUAAACAAAUUCUCCUUUUCAGCUCCUUGGGAAAUGUACAGAGAACAGAAUGGAAAAUAUGCAUACUGAUGAUAGGGCGUAAAGGUCCAAAGCCUCUCCCUUCACCACUUACUACUCAACAUUACACUUCAUACCCGGUGUUCUAAAAUUUCCCGAUCUAAACAUUAUUUUCGAACAACUCUGUUUACGAUGCCAUUGCAGGUUCUACCACUGGUGAAGCCGCAGUGACAAAAAAAAAAUGUUCCAAAUGUUUAUUGAAUUACAUUUAUCGCAGCUGAUGCCAUAAUACAUUUGUGUUUCUGCAGGUUUUGGAAUGUUGGUUACUGGAGAAGUCACUUGGGUGGAAAGCCAUAUCACAUCAGGUGAGGAACAGCCUUAUAAGUGACUGCAGUUCAGUUAGAGUUAUAAUUGCCGAUGUUAGUCCAACCUUUUACUUUUAUUCUCUGUCUUUUGCAGUGCGUUGUACGUCGUAGACUUGGAUCGAUUCAGGCGACUGGCCGCCGGUGACAGGCUAAGAGGACAGUAUCAGGUGAGUUGAUACUACCCCUAGACAAAAAAAGUACCCAAUGACAAGUGAAGAAUUGAUUAUAACAGGUUAAAUGCAAAUAACGUCUCUGCAGAAAAAAACCAAAAUGAAAAAAUCAAGGUUUCGAGGUAGUUUGAACUCCGAGCCUCUCGGCAGCUCAGUUGGCGAAGCAUUAAUUUUAUCCGCGAAAGGAAGGCGAGGCUUCAUAUCAGCCUGGGUUUUUUUUACUUUGUCCUUAGUUUGUGUUUAUUUUUAUUUCCUUCUUUAUUCGACGUUCGAAGACGAAAUCCAGUUAAUUUGUUUGUUAUUUGUUAAUCAGGGCUUGAGUCAAGAUCCCAACAGUCUUUCCAACCUCGAUCAGGUGAGAGAUAGAUUAUCCAGUUAUAUUUGACUUGACAAAUUGACUUGACUUAAACUUCGAUGCUGUUGCUUUAGAGCAAACGCCAUCAGGAAUUAAAUUUUUGUAGAACAAGGAUCUAAUUGAAGUUAUCAUCCUAUGAGCUAGACUAAGUCAUGCAUACGCAUAACAAUUUUAUAGAUGGACUCUAAAAUUAAGACAUCCUAAAAACUGUGGUGAACAGGAAUAUAAUUUUCCAACAGUGCAAAGAACAGUGGACGCGGGCGUCAUUUCGGAGGAAAUUGCGAUUCGGUGUUGAUUCUCCUUCGCGAUUGUCGAAGUGGCAAAAAUUUUUAUUUUAAAAACAUUGGUAAUUUGAUUUAUUUUGGGGAUCAGGAAUAGAGAGUGUUGUUGUUAUACAGACGAAAAUACGAACGGACGAACAGACCUUCUUACGGAUGGAGCGACUGACUCCACAUUGCUUCAGUUAAACUUUUCCUCCUAGCAUUUCUUAUUCUUAAUCUCUACAGGACUUACCUAAUAACAUGAUCCAUCAAGUUCCCAUCAGAUCCCUCCCUCAGGAGUGGCUGUGGUGUGAGACGUGGUGUGAUGACGAGUCACUGAGCACGGCUAAGGCGAUUGACUUGGUAUUGUAUCUUCGUUUCGGGCAAUUUUUAAUUAAGUGUUGGUUUUUCUUUACUUCGAUAUGUGAUUUGUCAAGAAAAUUAGCGCCACUUUCUCAGCUGAUCAAAUGCGAAACUAAAACCAACCCGAGUUUUCCCGCGCUUUAGGCCGAUUGCAUUUUUUGACUUUGGUCUCUUGUUGGAACCUUGUGUGUGUUUUCGUUGUUCUGAUUGGCCGUUUGGUUUACGACACUCAAUUGAAAUGUGUUCAUUGUUAUUGAGCUAAAGUUUAGUACUGGGCUCUUUUUCUGUUAACGCAGUCGUUUUUACUUCUAUACAUGCACACUGGUCGGAUAUUUGAGUAGUUCAUGUUUGUUUUCAUCGUUCUUUUUGUAUCUGUUCGUUUGUUUGUUCCUUUUUUUUUAAAAAUUUUUUUUUUUUUAGGAAAACGAUAUAUAAAGGGCUAUACCGAGACGCUAUUUCUUUUGAAUUGAUGCAAUAAGCAACAAGCAAUAAGCUAUUUUAAGGAUGAAAAUGGUUCAAACUGGUGCUCGGAUAAAGUUGAGUCAGAACUGGUAACAGCAAUAUGGAAACCGAGUCAAAAAAGGGCCAAUUUUGCAUUCGUCCAUUUAUUUCUUCGUUCACUCUUAGCUCAGUCAUUCAUUUACUCUUAUCGUGAUCUAUCUAUUAGUUCGUUAUAUUGCAUACUCAUCUACGCUUUGUUUAAAAUUCUACCAGUGUAAUAAUCCCUUGACAAAAGAACCUAAGCUGCAAGGCGCUGUGAGGAUCGUCAAGGAGUGGCCUGAUCUGGACAAUGAAGUUAGAAGACUGCAGGAAAGAGUAGCUGCACAGAAGCCAUCUUCAAAAGUUAGUCAAGAGUCAACUGAACCAACAGGUAGGGAA